CGCUGCACCAAUGAAACAUAAAGGGGUGGAAAUGUGUGUUAACAUUAACUUUGAACCGCCAAGCAAUAUUCCACGUUGAAGAUUAAUACAAAUGACAACAGAAAACGAUUUUUUUCAUAAAUACAAACUGGGAUUCUAUUGCAACACUUUGACGUAUCCAUUUCUGGCUGAAGGCCAAGCUGGUUUGGUUUGCUCGAGUCGAGAACGUGACACGCGCCAGCGAGCAUUGCCGAAGCUGUGGCGGAAAGUGCCGAACGCCUUUGCCGGGGACACAUAACCUUAUUGUCUCAAAAUGGCGCUUGCUCUCGAUAGUCGCAAGCCAUGGAAAGGAGUAAUUGUUCGUUAACACACCCCUUAGGGUGAUGUUUCGACGACCGCAAUGCAAACGGAGAAUUCUAGAGAUAAGCAAUCGAAGAAAAAGAAAAGUAGAACUUGGUCAGAAGCAUCCAAAAUUUGUUGUUGAUAAUGCAAUACUUAGUGCUCGAAAUCACUGGAGAAUAGGGUCCGAGUCUGAGUGAUUCCUUCCAGUUUCUGGAUCAUUUGGAUGAGGUCGUUGUUGAGAGCACAGAGUCGUCAUCGCCGGUGGUACAGCAGUCAGUGCCGGCAUCAUCAUCAUCAUCUACUUCAUCAUCUACAUCAUCAUCAUCAUUAUCGUCGUCAUCAUCAUCAUCAUUAUCACCCCCAACACCACCACCACAACAACAGCAAACAAACCCUACAGUUGAUUGUAGGGAACUGCAGGUGGAUGAGGUAGCAUUGCUGUCUUCUGGUGCUACCAUCAUUAAAGAUGGUGAGACUCCAGAAAUGGCACUGCUGAAGGCAGCUAUUGGGAAGGACAAGAAGAAAGACAAAGUAUGUGGAGGAGGUGGAGGUGGCGGGGGAGAGGGAGGAGAAAGUUUAGCCAGUCCUGAUAGUCAAUCUCAGGAAGUCCUAGUCCAGCAGCUGCCUGUGACCACAACUCCCGUUUUGCAGCUGCAGCAGUCGAAUGGGGAGCAGCCGGUUCAGGUGGCUGGUACUGAAUCCAAAGAUGUCACUUCCUUGGGUCCAGCCAGUGUGGUUACCAUGUCCAACGUGACAACUUGUAGUUCGAUCUCUGCGGUUCCCAGAACUUUACCAGCCAGCACAGACGGAGGUGAUACUGUAAAGGAAGCAGCAAUUCCCAUAGCAAGCACCCCAACUGUGUCAGACAUCCCUGGCAGACGAAAUAUCAGGCAGGCUUUGCGACCUAAGCGAUAUGAAAAACUUAAUAAAUUUCCUGAAAAAGUCAACUGUAGUAGUGGUACUGGUCAUCGUAGCAUGUCGUUAUCAUCUUCAUUAUCAUCCUCUUCCUCAUCUUCAUUAUCAUCGUCCUUGUCCGUCACUUCUAAUCAUGUGAACUCCCUGGCAGACAGCAAGACCACUGUUGCUGGCACAACGAUUAUCAACAGCUGCACAACAUCCCCUGCUGCUGCUGCUGCUGCUGCUAUGGCAGCCACCGGUGCAGGGAGUAGCCACCGGCAUGCCACUCGGGCUUCCCUUGUUGGAGGUGGCCACUCUUUGCAGGGUGUGCUAAGGCCACAGCAGACAAUGAAAGAGAUCUUGGCCAGUGUUCCUGGUGUCAGUAAAAAGCCCCGAAAGAGAACCAACAAGAAGUUGAGUCCUGCUGCCCAGCUGGAACAAACAAAAGAAGGAUGUGUUGACUUGGAGACACCUGACUCCAUUCUUGUGAACACUAACUUAAGAGCAUUAAUUAAUAAGCACACAUUCCAGCUUCUUCCAGCAGAUUACCAGUAUCGGUUGAUUCAGCUUUUACCUGAGUGUGACCGGUUGGUUGAAGGGUCCAGAAUGAGUACAACUGCUUUAAAUAAUGAGUUCUUUUCCAAAGCCUGUCAAGAAUGGAAAGAAAGAUUGGCAGAAGGAGAAUUUACACCUGAAAACCAACAACGCUUGAAGCAAGAAGAAGAGAAAGAACAGACGAAGAUGGAUCCUUGGAAGAUGAAGCAUUUUGAACAGGUGUGGGGGCAGAGAAAUCUCACAGAUGUUCCCAAAGCUACAAGUUCAACUCCUAUUUCUCGGCCACGUUCACCUCAAGUUACCUCUCCAAUGCGUCGCAAAACAAAGCGAGUUUCCAGUUUAUUCAAACCACGUUCAUUGGCUGUGACUGGUGGUGGUGGUAGUAGUGUUAGUAGUAGUAAUAGAAGUAGUAGCAGCAGUAGUAAUAGUAGUAGCAGCAGCAGUAGUAAUAACAACAGCAGCAAUAGUAGUGGUAAUGGAAGUAGAAACAGUAGCAACAGCAAUACCAAGUUACCACUUGUUGUGACCUCAGCUGCUGCAAUGUCCAGUUCGGAAGCUGUGGCUGGUGUAAAACCAGCAACUACAGUAUCUGUUUCCGUUACCACUACUACCUCAAUUACCACCUCUUCGAGUGACCAAGUGAUCAGCAGUGUCCCGGAAGUGAUCAAAACAUCACAGGUGGACGACCGACUACCUUCGCCUGGUUCCCAGGACAUUGCCAGCAACCUGAAACGCCCCUUGUAUGUGGCUACUGACCUAACUGGUGAGUUGGGCAGUUCUGCUGAUAUCGACAGUGUGAGCCCUUCUAAACGUCAAAAGUAUUCUCCCAGUCAGAAAUUUGGCAGUACGAGGAUUCUUGCCCAAACCAAAGCGUCGUCUGAAAGCAGUCGACAACCGAAAACCUCACAUUCAUCCUGGGGGGGCAGUCCUCAAGAGAAACAGGCUUCUCCUGUAACAGCAUCAAACACUCCUUUAAUACACCCACCUCGCCUUCAGACUGCUUUACUGCAAGUAUCAAAAUCCUCACCCCCUGCUGCAGCUAGCAGUAGUAACAGUAGUACUAAUACUGCUGACAGUUGUGUCGCUGAAGCUUCUUCUAAAAACUCCUCUGCCCCUGCAAAUCAGUCCCGCGUACUUGCUCAACUCCAGGUACCCUCUCAGUUCUUGGCUGCCACGGUAUUGGUAAAGUCUCAACCGAAGUCAAAACCUGUUGUUCGAAACAGCACUAAUUCGAGUCAGUCCAAGACGACGACGACGUCUGUGACAGCUGCGACAUGUACCGAACCAGACACGAGUUCACCGUCCAACGAGUAUCGUCAGAAUGUUUUUGCAUUGUUUCGGAAGUUACGCAGUAACAACAACAACGACAACAAUGACAACAGCAGCAGCAGCAGCAGCAACAGUAACUCCAGUUCUAGUGAUUCAGGUACUGUAACAGCUUCUGCUACGUCACCAACGCUGACGACAACAACAACAACAGCAACAGCAGCAGCGACGACCACCACCACCACAACAGCAGCAGCAGCAGCAGCAGUGGCAACAUCAACUAUUAGUUUUGUCAACAGCAACAGCCCGAACAGCAGCAACAACAACACCACCACCACCACCACCUCCUCCAACAACAACAACAACAAGGACAGUUCAAAUAGUAAUAUAAACAAAACUGAAAGCGUGCCAGCAUCGGAUAGUAGUCUGGCACCAUCGCAGAAGAACAACGAUGCUGUGAAUCUGCAACGUUCGCAUGAGAUCUGCCAGGCUGUGUUUGAGAGAAGCCGAAGUAAUUUGAAUAAGAGCACAAUGGUAUCGCUGUUGCCAAAAUCAAGUAGUGUGGCCAUUCAAGUGACAACCAAUCAAUUCCAACAGCAUACGUUUGGUGCACCGAGCAUCAUUAUCCCCCAGUCAACCAUCGCCAGCUCCAAUCAACAAAAACUCACUCCUGUAACGAGCUCCUCAAGCCAACUGGGAUCUUCGAAAAUCUUGUUCUCACAGUCGGAGUCUGUUUCUAAUCUGUUUGCUCAGUUGCAGAACCCGAAAUCAAGUUCUAAACUUGUUGUGAGCGGCACGUCUUCGAUGCUGUCGCCGUCAUCGUCAUCAUCAUCAACAGGCAACAUUGAAGAAAGUAACGAGGGAGUAAACGACAACACUGAUAAUGGCAGUAAUAAUAAGGACGGAGAUUCCAAACAGGACGACAGUUCCAACGUGCAGAACGACUCGGCCCUUGGUUUGGUUGGCAUGGAGCUACCAUCUGCAUCCACGUCACCACUUUCCUCGGAUACCACGGCAACACCGGCAACAACAGCUGCCGCCGAGCAGAAAGAAGUGCACGCAGCCAUGACAUCCGCUGCGACAGACGUGUUAGUACAAUCGAGCUUGCCGACCACCAGCACUGCAACCACCACCAACAACACCACCACCUCAGCAUUCUCCAGAGUUGAAGGUUCUGCGGCACUUUCUGCUCCAGCCAACUCAUUGCAAUCCAUCUCCACCACCACCACCGCCUCAUCACUCAGCAGCCCCAGAACAUCCCUGUCUCUAAUGUCUUCUAUGACGACGACCACCACUGCGAUGACAUCUACCACCUGCUCUUCACCUUCGCUAACUGUAGCCCUAACCUCUACUCUAUCUUCUCCUCUCUCUGCAGCUAGUCAGUCUCCUGUAGCCGUUACUACUUCAACUACUACAUCUACCAAUGCUACUACUACUACUGCUACUACUACUACUUCUGUUACUACUACUACUACAACUACUACUACCACUACUAUGCCUACUUCGAAACCAGCCUCAAGCGUUGUUGAGGAAACAAGCCCAAAUCCAGAGAUUCUGUCAUCGACAAGCAGAAAUGAGAAAGCAGCUGUGAAGACAACACCUUCAACAUUAUCAGCAGCAGCUGUAACUGCUAGUAAUACUACUACUACUUCAACAACUACUACUACUACUACAACCUCAAUCCUAGCUACGGCUUUGUUAGCGCCGCCUUUAGAUUCUGGCUGUGUGGUCAGAAUACUGGAACGGACAGACAAAAACUGUGAAAUGGCAUCGGAGUCGCCGCCACCGCCGCCUUUACCACCGGACAAGGUAGCGGUGGUGUCCGCCUCUGGCCAGCUGGUUGACUCAACGUCACAGACCAUGGACACUGCCACUACGGCAUUGGCCUGUUCUCAGACUGACUCUAGUACCACUACGGCGUUGUUAACAUCAACAAUAACAACUGUAAUAACAUCAACAACAACAGCUACUGUUGUGGUACCAGCUACUAUGGCAACCAUUGCAACCACUUCUUCUUCUUCUUCUACCACUACUUCUUCAUCCUCCUCCUCCUCUUCUCCACCUACUGUCUCAUCGUCCACCUCCUCCUCCUUUUCCACUUCUCUGGACAACACGAAUCCUGAUUGUAGUCAGUUACCCUCUUCCAAAAGUAGAAAGCUUGAUGGUCAGGUUUCUGUUGCCCCGCCCCGGUCAUCAAGUGCACCUCCAACCACAUUGUCCACUAAAACGCCUGGCCACACGGUCGUCGCCGGCAGCAACACGGAAAACAUUGCCCGGUCGGCCAGCGUGGACACCAGCAUCAAUGCUCUCUACAGCAGCAGCAACAACAACAACAACAACAACAGCAGCAACAGCAAUCAACUGAAAGAUGACGAGCUGCCCCCAGUGUCAGAAACAUCGAGUACCCCGAACGACGAGGUCGACACUGAACACAAACUUUAUCUAACACAACAAGAGGUAAAUUUUUUAUCGCGAGCUGGCACUGCUACUGCAGCAGAACAGAAGGGGCCUCCAAGUAACUCAACUUCUGUAUCAAACGACGUAACUAGUAGUAAUCAUAAACCUAUCACCCUGCUACCCACUCUAGCACCCACACCCUUGGCUUCGACGCCCAUCACCACCAUUAUAAUUACAACCACCACUACAACUACUACUACUACUACUACUACUACUACAACAUCCAACGUCGCGUCUGGCACCCCAACCCCUCAACCCUUACAAUCCCCCAAUUCCUCUCUCUUACCGCCAGACACAGUAGACAGUGUCCAGAACAUCGCGUUAAGCUUAGCAAACAAUGUGGAGGCGCAUAUAUCUGACCUUUUGAGCACACCCGUAUCCAUCAUCGCCGGCAGCACCCCUGUGCACGUGCUGGCAGCCACCAGUGUCGGUGACCCGAUGCACAUGAUCCAGUCGACCGUCUUGCCAUCGAUGGUCGCUGCCGCCGCUGCUGCUGCGGGUGCCGCUCCUGUCCCAAACGGCAGCUGCGCAAUCGCGCAGUCACCCAACUGUGCCUGCAGUCUAAAGGCCAUGGUGAUGUGCAAAAAAUGUGGUGCAUUUUGUCACGAUGACUGUAUCGGGCCGUCACGUCUGUGUGUGACCUGCCUGAUUACAACGUGACAUUGCGUGUUGAGGAGUUUUGUUUGUUUUAUUCUGUUUAUAUACAUAUAUAUAUAUAUAUAUGUAUAUGUACAUUUUUUUUUUUGGAACUUAAUGUGUGAAAGAUGAAAACAAAAUUAAGGAAAAGAAAGCCAUAUUAAAUAAUGAUUAUGAUGUAAUAAUAAUAAUAAUAUAAUAAAUAAUAAUAAUAAUGAUAUGACGUUGGUUGAUGAAAUAAAAAUGUUAGUAGAAUCUGAAUGAGUGUUAGGGUGUGUGUGUGUGUUUGUGCACGUAUAUGUGUACGCGUGCGUGCGUGGAUGUGCGUGCAUGCAGACGUGUGUGUGUGUGUAUUUUUUUGAGACAAAGAGUGGCAGUGAGAGAGAGAGAUGACUGACUGCAGGAGAGAAGGUUAGAAUGAAUUGAUUGCGAGAUGAGAUGAUAAAAAGACUUUAUCACAUGAAGAGGAACAAAUAUAAUUAAGAAGAAACAUUUGAAAAUAAAAAUAAAAAAAAAGAAAAUACUUUUUGAAGAAAGACAAAAGGAAAAAAAAAAUAUGUGAAGAAUAAAUAAAUAAAUAAAAAAAAUUGAGAUGGAAAAAAAAUAAAAUAAAUUAAAAAAAAAUUACCCUCAGAGAGAUGUUAAAUGAAAUAUAGUGAAUAAAAAAAGAACUAUAUGGAAAUAUUUGAAAUAAUGAUGGAUGCCAAAUAAAUUUUUGAUGUGAUCAGUAAACAAAAACAACAAAAAAAUUUCAAAAAAAAAAAGAUAAAGGAAAAAAUCUAUGGGCUGUCCCGUGAGGAGGAGAAAUGAUAUUGUACAUUUUUCUUAUAUUCUGUAUAAUGUCUGCCUACCUGUGAAUUUUUUUCUUCUCAUUUUAGUGAGAGGGAGGGGAAAAAGAGAGAAAAAAAACUAAAAUUUUCUUCAAACAAA